ACAACAACUCACUUUCCAUUAAAGGUGUCCUUCUGGCUUCUGCCUUCCCCUAUCCCUCAUUUUCUAAAGAGAUUGAAAAGAAAGAAACAAACCCUUUCUUGUGGCCUUCUUCAUCCUCUUCUGUUCUCCAUUAUUUGAUCUGUGUAGACGAGUCUCUCUUUAAUCCUUCACAGUAGAGCUUCUUCAAUCUUGAAUCUUGAUUUACUGUUCAUUAUCACAUCUGUUCUUCUAGAGAGAGAGAUGACAGGAGUUUCAGAAGGAGAGGGUGUUACACUCGAGGAGCUGAAGAAGAAAAUGGCGGAUUUUGCGAGGGAAAGAGACUGGGAUCAGUUUCACAGCCCAAGAAAUCUCCUCCUGGCUCUGGUGGGAGAAGUGGGAGAGUUAUCUGAGAUUUUUCAGUGGAAAGGUGAGGUACCGAAGGGACUUCCAGAUUGGAAAGAAGAAGAGAAAGAACACUUGGGUGAAGAGCUUUCAGACGUUCUCCUUUACCUCGUCAGGCUCUCUGAUAUCUGUGGAGUUGAUCUAGGUAAAGCUGCCCUCCGUAAGGUCCAGCUUAACGCCAUUAAGUACCCAGUGAAGUUCUGCAAGGGCUCUUCAGAGAAAUACACUCACAUCACCAACACUUCUACCACCACCACCAUCAACACCGACGAUAACAGCAACAAGAGCUGCUCUGAAAGCGAUUGAUCUUAACCUGAUAUUUUCUCAUCUGGGUAAUUUUGUUUAUGGGGCUUUUAGGGUUUAAAAGGUUUAAGGGCCCUGAUAUUUUAUCAUCUGAGUAACUUUGUUUAUAUGGGGGGUUUUAGGGUUUUUGAAGGUUGAAGCCUUGAAAGGCUUCACUUUUUCUGUUUUUCUGCUUUUUGCUAUUGGGUUUGUCUAUCUGGGUUUCUUGGGUAGAUAUGGGGAUAUGGCCUUGCAUGAACACAAUCUGGGGUGGCGUGCUUUGGUGUUUAUUCUCAAAGAUUUGGGUACAUUGUUUGGCAGCCAAGACCAAAUCCCUCUGGGCUCUGAGUUCUGAGCUCUGAGCUCUGAGCUCUGAUCUCUGGCAGAUGUGGUGGUGGUCAUAACUGAUAUCAAGAAAAGAAAUAUGUAUGUAACCCAAUUUCUUCCUUUAUUUAAAAAUCAGUGAUUUCACUGUACCCUUUUUGGAUUUUAGUGGGGCUUUUGAUUUUGUAAUUUUCUGUUAUGUAUGAAUAUGAAUGGAAUUGUAGGGCUAUUGUGAUUUGUAAA